GGGUCGAAGCGUCCGUGUCUCAUCGCUCUGCUGUCGCGUCCCAAAGCUCUCGGGUGUCGACCAUCUGAUUCUGCCGGGAUUCUGGUUGCCUCCGUAGCCUACCUUGGGCUAGGACCAUGUCGCGCAACUGCCGUCUUACUCUCCCCCUCCUCACUCGGGGUUCGGCCUUUGCUCUGCUCUGCCUUUUAUUGGGAACUCUUGAGCUCGAUGCAUUGGAUGUUACUCUGAACAACUCUCAGGAUACCGUUUGCCUGCAUGCCGAAUGGCAGAUGAAUUUCACGAUAAAAUAUGAAACCGUAAACUUUGGUCCCAAAACCGUAUCAGUUCAGGUCCCCACCAACGUAUCAUACAGUGGAAGCGAUUGCGGUACCGUUAACAAUAUCUCCCAAAUUCAAGUUCGAUUUGGAGCCAGUUUCUUUUGGAAUGUGAACUUUACCAGAGAGAAAUCCACUUAUUUCAUUGACUCCAUCUCCUUUUCUUAUAACACCAGUGAUAAUGACACUUUUCCCGAUGCUAAAGAGAAAGGAGUAUUUAGCACCCUUUUUGAAAUCAACACAGUUGAGAUUCCAUUGGGUGAUAUCUUUAGGUGUCAUAGUGAAAUUACAGUAAAACAGGAAAAUGUCACCCACACCUACUGGGGUAUCUUUGUACGUGCUUUUAUCCAGAACAACACAUCCGACUCACAAGAGUACGUCUGUGAUGAUGAUGAAUUCCUGACCACUGUAUCAACAAUUGCCCCUGCUACUGUGCCCGUUCCUACUACCAAACCUGUCCCAGAAGAAAAACCCUUUCCUGGUACCUAUUCUGUUAAAAACGGGAGUACUGUCUGUCUCUUGGCCACCAUGGGGCUUCGUCUGAACAUCACCAAAGAUAAGGUCACUUCAGUUUUCAACAUUAACCCCAAUACCACGGAUUAUAACGGCCUGUGUCUUAAGGAAUCUGCCAUGUUGUGGUUGAACAACAGUGACAUCAACUCUCUCGAAUUUCUCUUUGCUAUAAGAGAUGAAAACCGGUUCUAUCUGAAAGGGGUGAAUAUCAGCUUGCCUUUUGUAAAAGGUUCUGUGUUCGCUGUUGGGAAUAACAACCUUACCUGUUGGGAUGCCCCAUUAGGAAGCUCUUACAUGUGCAAGAAGGAGGAUGUCAUCGUAGUUUCUGACUCAUUUCAAAUAAAUACUUUUGAUCUAAGAGUACAGCCUUUCAACGUGGAAGAAGGAAAGUAUGCCACAGCAGAAGAAUGCCGUGCAGAUGAUGACUACUUCGUUGUACCCAUAGCAGUGGGAGCGUCUUUGGGAAUAUUAGUUAUCCUGGUGAUCUUGGCUUAUAGUAUGGGUCAGAAACGUCAGGGUACCGGAUAUGAGCGAUUUUAGCACCUGAAUUGACCCUGUCAAUUUAGCGGCAUGCUUGCCACAUAAUCAGAAGAAAAUGUUUUCUUACAUGAUUAUUAGUUCCAACUGUUUUUAGGAAGAAAUAAUAGAGCCAGUAUUUUAAAAGGGAAUGUUUUUAAUGAAAGCUGUACUUUUGUAAAACUGCAAAACAGAAUUGUGCUUUCCCUGGCCCAUAGAAACUUAGGUUUGACAGCUUGUCUACAUUGACACUUUUGUAAUGUUAGCCAAGCUUUGAUGAGAAGUUCAAGUGCCUUAAACUAUUAUGACCAUGGGCACCGUUUGGAUAAAAUAUGUACUUGUGCAUAAAUGACAUGAUGGAUUUGUUUCUCUGCCAGUGUUUUCAUGUAUUAAUGCCUGAGUUCUUGUGAUUAAAGCUUCAUUGCCAUGC